AUGGCCGCCAUGUUGCACCCAGACCUGCCGGGUCGCUACCGCCUCCCGCAGAAGCCAAGGGCCGCCCGCGGUUACCCCAAAAUAACUUCAACCAACAACCAACCUGACACACCUGGACAGAAACCAUCCCAAGACUUCCAUUUUGUGCUGCCAGUAACCUGCACGACUUCACGCUGGAAGGACGCAGCCGAGGAGGUGCCGCCCUCCGCGCUUCAGCAGGCCUUUGAGAGGAGAUUUUCUCAGAAAAGAAGCCGACCAGAAGAAGGAGGCACCGGAAUGGAUGAGAUAGUCCUUGGGCAGUCUGUUUUCGAGGAGAACAUAGAAGAGUUUGGCUGGGUUGAAUUUUCCUAUCCUCCCCUAAAGCCUGGAGAAGGACAUGACAGCCACAGUUUACCAGAAGAAUGGAAAUACUUGCCAUUUCUUGCCUUACCAGAUGGCGCUCACAACUAUCAGGAAGAUACCGUGUUUUUCCAUUUGCCACCAAGAUGUGGGGAUCGAACCACAGUAUAUGGCGUCUCUUGCUACAGGCAGAUUGAAGCAAAGGCAUUAAAAGUACGGCAAGCGGACGUCACCCGAGAAACAGUACAGAAAAGUGUGUGUGUUCUCAGUCAGCUGCCUUUGUAUGGGUUACUUCAGGCAAAGCUGCAACUCAUUACACAUGCGUAUUUUGAAGAAAAAGACUUCUCACAAAUUUCAAUUCUAAAGGAACUUUAUGAUCAUAUGAAUAGUUCCUUGGGCAGUACUUUGCUAGAAGGGUCACAAGUUUAUCUUGGUCUGUCUCCUCGGGAUCUUGUUCUUCACUUUAGACACAAGGUCUUGAUUCUUUUUAAAUUGAUUCUUCUAGAGAAAAAGGUGCUGUUUUAUAUUUCUCCAGUAAAUAGAUUGGUGGGAGCUCUGAUGACUGUCCUGUCACUCUUCCCUGGUAUGAUUGAACACGGUCUUACUGACUGCUCACAGUAUAGACCAAGAAAGAGUAUAUCAGAGGAUACUGGCUUGCAGGAAAAUACACCACGGUUAGACGAAUAUAUUUCUGUGUCUGCUGCUGAUACUUCAAAUGCAAACUUAGGAAUGGGAAAGGGAGGCAGGAAGAUGACAGGAAACCAUUCACUGGAAGGUCAAAAAGCAAACGUGCCUUUCUCCCAGUCAGAGAAGACUUGCAGUGGAGCUCAGUCCUCCAAUGGUACUGUGCAGCGCUUGAAAGUUCCUUCCCGCGCUUCUCCAGUAUCUUCUGAAAGUGACUGGGAGACCUUAGAUCCUAGCGUUUUGGAGGAGUCUAAUUUGAAAGAAGGAGAAUGUGAAAAUACAGCAUCAGAACAGGCUGAAAAUUUUCUGAGCGAGGGCAUGAGCUCGGAAAGCCUUCCAAUCACUGUGCAGCCCCAAGCAAAUACAGGACACGCGGUUCUUGUUCCAGGACUGAUAUCUGGGUUGGAAGAGGACCAGUAUGGUAUGCCGUUGGCUAUCUUUACAAAGGGGUACCUUUGUUUGCCAUACAUGGCGCUGCAGCAGCAUCAUCUCCUGUCAGAUGUUACAGUCCGUGGCUUUGUUGCGGGAGCCACCAAUAUCCUGUUCCGUCAGCAGAAACAUCUGAGUGAUGCAAUUGUGGAAAUAGAAGAUGCUCAUGUACAAAUCCACGAUCCAGAACUCCGUAAGAUCCUGAACCCAACAACUGCUGACCUAAGAUUUGCGGAUUACUUGGUAAAGCACGUAACUGAGAACAGAGAUGAUGUUUUCCUUGAUGGCACUGGAUGGGAAGGAGGAGAUGAGUGGAUCAGGGCUCAGUUCAGUGCUUAUCUUCAUGCACUGCUUGCUGCUGUGCUGCAACCAGACAACGAAAAGACUUUGUCAGACUUUGGAACAGCAUUUGUAGCAGCCUGGAAAAAUACCCACAACUACAGAGUAUGGAAUAGUAAUAAGCAUCCAGGUCUUGCAGAGGUAAAUUCUAGCCACCCAUUCCAGGGACAGUACUCUGUAUCAGAUGUUAAGUUAAGAUUGUCACAUUCUGUGCAAAACAGUGAACGUGGAAAGAAGAUUGGAAAUGUGAUGGUUUCUACUAGCCGAAAUGUUGUACAAACGGGAAAAGCUGUAGGUCAAUCAGUUGGAGGAGCCUUCACAAGUGCGAAAUCAGCUAUGUCAUCAUGGUUUUCCACUUUCACGCAGUCAACCCAAAGCAUCGGGGACUAAAUGAUGGUUUUGCACAAUGCUGCUGAAUAUUUCAGGUGCAAUGCUUUCUCUGAGCUGUAAAAAGACUGCUCCAAAAUAUGGGAGUGGAGAUUAACUACCCAGGAAAGGUACAUGUUGCUUGCGAGCAGACGUGGAAUGUUAUCGUUCAGUUUCACUAGAAAUACAGAAGAAUGGUGAGUGUCUCCAUACAAUGGGAUGGCAUUUGCAGUAUAUUGGUUGUAUUUAAAAUGACUACUUUUCUUUAAAACUGAGCCUUUAUAAAGACGUUAGCAAACAGGGCUUGUUGCAAGCCAAAUGUGUUUGACUUUAGAUUUGUACAUUUUCUUGGAUGUUGAAAAUAUU